CCUCCCUUCCUCCCUGUCCCCUCCACCCCUCCCAACCUCCCUCUCACUCUCUCUCACACUAUCGCCCUAUCUCAUUCACUCGUUCCAGCCUAGCGGGUGGUGAGGGAGGGAAGCAGUGCAGUGGAGGGAGAGACUAGGCAGGUGUUAAGCUCAUACUGUGUGAGAGAGUGAACGAGAGAGAGGGAACCAGGGAGUGAGAGAGAGAGAGAGAAAAACAGUGAGGGCAUGGUAAAAAGGCUAAAGCGCUAACUGAAUAGAUAGAAGGCUGGAGGCAGACGACACAUAGUGGUGGUAGAGAGAGAGAGAGAGAGAUUGUUGUAAGACUAAGAAUUUCAAGAGAAGCAGACACAGACUCCCAGAGAGAGAGAAAGAGACGUAAACACCAUGCUAAGGAGGAAGAGGAGUGUGUCCUUCGGAGGGUUUGGAUGGAUUGAUAAGAGUACGGUCAGUGCACUCAGAGCACGGAAGCAGGAGAGAGAGCUGCUGACCAUCUCUAAUGUUCCCCUGGCAGACUGCCCCCCUUCUCCUCCGCGCACAGCACCCCCCACCAUGAAGUCUGCCCAUUUCUUCGACAUGAUGGAGAAGAUGGAGGAUGACUACAUCCCAUACCCCAGGAUAGAGGAGGUGCUGGAGAGGGGUGGGCCGUACCCCCAGGUGAUCCUGCCAGAGUUUGGGGGAUACUGGAUUGAGGAUCCUGACGCCCUCGUCCCCACACCCCCUUCUCGGUACCCCAGCCUGUGUGACAGGGGGGACGAUGGAGGGGGAGGAGAAGGGGAAGAGGGGGACGCUGCCCUAGUGGGUUAUGGGUACCGGCUGGAGAGUAACGACGCAGCACGCGCCUACAGGAAGCACUUCCUGGGCAAGGACCACUUGAAUUUUUACUGCACGGCCAGUUGUCAUGGCAACCUCGUUCUGUCUGUGAAACAUGAGGAAGUGAAGAGUCAGGAGUAUCUGCAUGUCAUCCUCAGGUCUAGGAUGAAAACAAUGUAUGAUAGGAUCUCUCUAGCAGAACUUCCUGAGCUGCCUAGUGUCCCUCAACUAGCCAAGCUGCUGUGUGAGGAUGCUGUUGGUCUCAGAUUCAGUCCAGCUCUGUAUCCCAAGGCCUCCCAACUUAUAGUGAGCUAUGAUGAACAUGAGGUGAACACCACCUUCAAGUUUGGGGUCAUCUACCAGAGGUUUGGACAGGUUUCGGAGGAAGAGUUGUUUAGAAACAGUGAGGAGACACCAGCCUUCACUGAGUUCCUCAGUUUACUGGGAGAGACUGUAGACCUACAGGACUUUAAAGGGUUCCGUGGUGGUCUGGAUGUGUGUCAUGGUCAGACAGGCUCACAGUCGGUCUACACAGACUACAGAGAACAGGAGAUCAUGUUCCAUAUCUCUACCAAGCUGCCCUACACAGAGGGAGACAGGCAACAGCUCCAGAGGAAGCGACACAUAGGAAAUGACAUCGUAGGAGUGGUGUUCCAGGAAGAGGCCACACCCUUCGUAGCAGACAUGAUCGCCUCAAACUUCCUCCACGCCUUCAUACUGGUGCAGGUGGACAACCCCUGUACCCAACAAACCACCUACAAGGUGUCAGUCACGGCCCGAGAGGGUGUACCUUCAUUUGGCCCGCCCCUCCCCAGUCCAGCAGUGUUUAAAAAGGGUCCAGAGUUCAGAGAGUAUCUUCUCACUAAGUUGAUCAAUGCAGAGAAUGCCUGCUACAAGAGUGACAGAUUCGCCAGGCUGGAGGAGCGAACGCGGGCGGCCCUGCUCGACGGUCUACAUGACGAGCUGCACAGACACACUCAGCGCAUGCUGGGAGUGGGCAUCGGCCCCGAGGAGGAGCGGGCGGAGAAUGGACAUGGCCACGGAGGACUGCUGGAGUCGAUCAAGAGGGCGAUGCGAGGAAGGAGUGUCUCCAUGGAGAUGAUGGCAAAGGGUGGAGGAGGUGGCCUGUCCACCAGUCUGAGUGGAGGGGUUCUGCUCCACAGCAGCUCUGAUGCAACUAAUGUUAAGUCUCCAGUGAAACGUCGCUCUGGUCUUUUCCCUCGUCUGCUCAGUAUAGACAGCCAGACAGAGAGACAUAACCACAAUCAUCGCAGUCUCCAUAGUGACCAGAGAAGCUUUGAUACUGGCCACCCCACGCAGGAAGUGAGGUCAGAGACCCUCUCUAACCCCAGCUCUCCAGAGGCCUCUCUUAAGGAAAGGCCCAGCAGUGUAAAGUUGAAUGAGUGCAGUGCAAGCAGGACAAACGUCUCACACUCCUCAUCUAGUACAAGUAGCUUCAGCAGUGCAGCAGGAGAGGGAGAGGCCACCGACACUGACCCUAACACCCUGGCACCCUCAGUGUUCCUUUCUGUUCACAGCCCCUCCCUCACUGUUGAAGGUCAGAGUUCAGGGACCCCUGUCAUUAUGUGUCGCAGCCCCACUGAGUUAAAGAAUAAGAGUUCUCCUAGAUCCAACUUGAAGUUCCGUUUUGAUAAAUUGAGUCACUCUGCGACAGGACACUAGGUGACAGAUGUGGGAUGAGAGAGAGAUAAAACAGUUCAAAUGGGAUGGAGGUAUGAAGGGCAGUACAUUAGGGAUGGGUGGAGAGAAAUAACAAGAGAGAGAAGGCCCCUCCAACCUGAGGAAGAGGUUGAAAGAAGAGAAAUGGCUCAAGAUGGAUGAUUCGGUACACACACUACAGUGGAAGUUUUAGGCCCAGGCAAAGCUUUGCUCUGUGGAUAAUGGUCCUUUCAUAUUCAGCUGUCUGUGUGGUUGUUUCCUGAACACUGAUCAAAGUUCUAUGAGUGGCUCUAACAUGGGUCCUUGUCAGCAACUGCACUGCAUUCAAUACCACACAGAACUGUAAGGCAUAGAUUCAAUUCAACAUCACUAAGGCCAGAAGUUUUUCCUGACCAUGUGGUCUAACCAGGAAAAACUCUGGCCAUAGGCAUCACCAAUGGAGGCAAUAUUGAUGUCCAGACCGCCAUUCUUGGAAAGGGAAAAGUAAUCAUGGCUUGUCAUACAAAUGUUACAAUCUGAGGGUCCCUGGAAUUUCUACACUGAACAAAAAUAUAAAAGCAACAUGUAAAGUGUUGGUCCAAUGUUUCAUUAGCUGAAAUAAGAUCCCUGAACGACACGCACAAAAAUAUGAUUUCUCUAAAAUGUUGUGCUCAAAUGUGUUUACAUCCCUGUUACUGAGCAUUUCUCCUUUACCAAGAUAAUCCAGCCACCUGACAGCUGUGGCAUAUCAAGAAGCUGAUUAAACAGCAUGAUCAUUUCAUGUGCACCUUGUGCUGGGGACAAUAAAAGGCCACUCUAAAAUGUGCAGUUUUGUCACCCAACACAAUGCAACAGAUGUCUCAAGUUUUGAGGGAGCAUGCAAUUGGCAUGCUGACUGCAAGAAUAUCCACCACAGCUGUUGGCAGAGAAUUGAAUGUUAAUUUGAUGUAUGCACUUCACGGAUUAAUCCCGGUUUCAACUGUACCCAAGCAGAUGGCAGAUAGCGAGCGUGUAUGGCUUCGUGUGGGCGAGUGGUUUGCUCAUGUCAACGUUAAAAACAGAGUGCCCCAUGGUGGCGGCGGUGUUAUGGUAUGGGCAGGCAUAAGCUAUGGACAAUGAACACAAUUGCAUUUUAUCAAUGUCAAUUUGAAUGCACAGAGAUACCGUGAUGAGAUCCUGCGGCCCAUUGACGUGCCAUUCAUCCGCUGCCAUCACUUCUUGUUUCAGCAUGAUAAUGCAUGGCCCCAUGUCUCAGGGAUCUGUACACAAUUCCUGGAAGCUGAAAAUAUCCUAGUUCUUCCAAUUGCUUGCAUACUCACCAGGCAUGUCACACAUUGAGCAUGUUUGGGAUGCUCUGGAUCAACAUGUACGACAGUUUUCUCCAGUUCCCGCCAAUAUUCAGCAACAUCGCACAGCCAUGGACAAUCAGUGGAACAACAUUCUACAGGCCACAAUAAACAGCCUGAUCAACUCUACGCGAAGGAGAUGUUGCGCUGCAUGAGGCAAAUGGUGGUCACACUAGUUACUGACUGGUUUUCUGAUCCACGCCCUUACCUUUUUUUUCAAAGGUGUCUGUGACCAACAGAUGCAUAUCUGUAUUUCCAGUCAUGUGAAGUCAUAGAUUAGGGCCUAAUUUAUUUAUUUCAAUUAACUGAUUUCCUUAUAUGAACUGAAACUCGGUAAAAUCGUUGAAAUUGUUGCAUGUUGCAUUUAUAUUUUUGUUCAGAAGGAAUAAAGUGAUUCUUGAUUCUGUUCUAAUUGUUCUAUUUCUCUGUCUGAAACAAACAUCCAUGCAAAAGAGAAAAUGACAAUGCAAAAUCAAAGAAAAAGAAAAAUGUACCCAGCAAACAUCACUCUAUUGGCCCCAUGUGGGUAUUCGAUUGGCAAGGUGGGAACGGGCUAGCCCACACCAGGCCCAUACCGAUGGACUAUAUACAGCUGCAGCGAUCGGUUAGCUGCUCAGAUAGCAGAUGUUUAAAGUUGGUGAGGGAGAUAAAAGUCUCCAACUUCAGCGAUUUUUGCAAUUCGUUCCAGUCACAGGCAGCAGAGAACUGGAAGGAAAGGCGGCCAAAUGAGGUGUUGGCUUUAGGGAUGAUCAGUGAGAUACACCUGCUGGAGCGCGUGCUACGGGUGGGUGUUGCCAUCGUGACCAGUCAACUGAGAUAAGGCGGAGCUUUACCUAGCAUGGACUUGUAGAUGACCUGGAGCCAGUGGGUCUGGCGACGAAUAUGUAGCGAGGGCCAGCCGACUAGAGCAUACAGGUCGCAGUGGUGGGUGGUAUAAGGUGCUUUAGUAACAAAACGGAUGGCACUGUGAUAAACUGCAUCCAGUUUGCUGAGUAGAGUAUUGGAAGCUAUUUUGUAGAUGACAUCGCCGAAGUCGAGGAUCGGUAGGAUAGUCAGUUUUACUAUGGUAAGUUUGGCGGCGUGAGUGAAGGAGGCUUUGUUGCGGAAUAGAAAGCCGACUCUAGAUUUGAUUUGUUUGAUGUGAGUCUGGAAGGAGAGUUUACAGUCAAGACAGACACCUAGGUACUUAUGGAUGUCCACAUAUUCUAGGUCGGAACCAUCCAGGGUGGUGAUGCUAGUCAGGCGUGCGGGUGCAAGCAGCGAACGGUUGAAAAGCAUGCAUUUGGUUUUACUAGCGUUUAAGAGCAGUUGGAGGCCACGGAAGGAGUGUUGUAUUGCAUUGAAGCUCGUUUGGAGGUUAGAUAGCACAGUGUGAAUGGUCCUGGUGCACCAACAAAGUGUCAGGGGAAGCCAGCUUGGAUUUGGCUUCACACCAAUCACAUCACAUCAGAAGCCAAACGUAAUUCACAGGAAAAAAACAUAUUGUUGCAUCUCGUUGUGUCGUUGUCCUCCGGUGGCUAGCGAGCUAAAACCAUCCAUUUCCUAAAUUAGCCAUGGAUGGAGAUAGGGAUUUGGAGUUGUGGUUUUACUUAAUUCUCCAUGCUGGCAAAUACUUACAACUGUGAUUCUGAUCCAACCAUAAAUUCAUGCAUUGUACCGCUGCCCUGAGAGGAUGGAAGUUCAACAUGUAGCUAGAUGUAGUAGGCUAAUGUUAUUAACUAGCUGGCCUGGUGCAUCUUUGCCCUUGAAAGGAAGUUAGGCUAACAAGUAAUCGUUUUAGUCAGGUAGACUAGGACAGCAAAAACUAAAAGUGUGUACUGUAUGACAGUCACAGACUGUUUAGGCAACAUGAAAGAGGAGGAUGGCAUUGGCAUUUCUCUACAAGUAGAGUGAGUCAACAUGUCUUUUCGACUUGCCCGCACACACACAACACGGGCUAACAAGGUAAUAUCAAAGAGUUUCUAAACCCAGAGGCCCACCAUUGCGGGACCACUUGCCAAACAGACCAGGCUGGGGUUUGGGGUUUGAGAAGUCAAUGAGAGAAAUUCAAAAUUCUUCCUUUGUUCAUUUUCUCUACAUGUAAAAACACAACCUAGAUUCGAGCCAAUAUCUUAAGUAGUUGAACAUGUUAUUACUCCAACCUCAUGAAAGUUACAAACUGACACAUUUUCAUUUUUGUAAAAAUUAACUUUAUAUCGAAGGAGUGCCUUUGAUUUGACGGCCUGCACAUGAGCAGAUGGCCGUUAGACUCGAUGACGUGUUAGCCAACGUCGCCAUGACAUCGCCUACAAGUGUGAUCGUGAAUUUCUACUGUACCCUCUUUGGUAAUAUGGCAGACAUUUAAAAGACUACGGCUACCGGGAACCAAACUCUUGACACUGGUUUGUGGCAAGAACUGCAAUGCUGCUGGGUUUCUCAUGCUCAACAGUUUCCCGUGUUUAUCAUGAAUGAUCCACCACCCAAAAGUAUUCCAGCCAACUUGACACAACUGUGGGAAGCAUUGGAGUCAACAUGGGCCAGCAUCCCUGUGGAACGCUUUCGACACCUUUUAGUCCAUGACCCGACAAAUUGAGGCAGUUGAUUGAGUUGAUAGGCUACAAUGUUGCCCUUCACUAGCGAUAGUGCAAUUCAAGACAGAUAGAAAGGGAGGCAGAUAGGCAGAGUAGGGAGAUUAAUGCAAUUGAAAGAACCUGCAUUGUCAUCAGGAUAUUUACUGUUUUUAUUUGUCGGAUUUAUGUAUAUUUACUUAGUUGACAAAGGAAGUUAUAGGCCUACUGCUACAUUGGCCUUGGCUAUCUCUCAUUUCUUUAGCCGCCAAUGGCUCAUGGUGAAUCAAUGUGUCCAUAUGGCAGAAGCUGGUGCUCUUGCAUUAGUGGAAUUAUAAUUUUAGAUUUUUAUCAUUUUAAUUCCGAUUUGUAUUAUUAACCAGGUGACAAUAAUUUUGAGAAUUGAAAACAUUAUUAUUGAAAUGAAACUGUUCCACGAAAAUGCGCAUAUGAAAAACAUAACUAGCACACAGUUUCGGUAGAAAUGGUAGGAUAAAUUGUAAGCUUCCCCAAACUUGAAACUCCCAAUCUUGAAAUUCAAGCGCCUAGGAAUAGACUGCUGUGAAUAGAGCGCACAUUAUUUAUAUUUUUUUAAAGGGUAGAUCAACUUUAAUAUUGCAGAUAGAUAUUAUAUCAAUGUAAUUGUCUGCAUCAUUUCAAAUCCCCCAUAUAUUUGUUUUUGUAAAUAUAUUUUCCUUUAUUAUUUUCCCCUAACACCACCACCCCUCCCCUAAUUGGAGUAAACUAAUGGACAACAAUACUUAGGCUUCUACUGACAGCUUAUACAUACUAUAUCCAUUUUACAGACACAGUAUAUUUUACAUUAGUUAUCUUGUGUUUGUUUUUAGUCUCACCCUUCAGCUACCCUCAACCCCUCCCAUCUACAGUGCAUUCGGAAACUAUUCAGACCCUUUCUUUUUCAAAAUUGUGUUUUUUUUCCCUCAUCAAUCUACACACAAUACCCCAUAAAAGGUUUUUAGAAAACUUAACAAAUUUUUAAAAACUAUGACAUUUGCAUAAAUAUUCAGUCCCUUUACUCAGUACUUUGUUGAAGCACCUUUGGCAGCGAUGACAGUUUCUUCCAUUCUUCUCUGCAGAUCCUUAAAGCUCUGUCAGGUUGGAUGGGGAGCAUUGCUGCACAGCUAUUUUCAGGUCUCUCCAGAGAUGUUCAAUUGGGUUCAAGUCUGGGCCACUCAAGGACUUGUCCCGAAGCCACACCUGCAUUGUCUUGGCUGUGUGUUGUUGGUGAACCUUCGCCCAAGUUUGAUGUCCAGAGCACCCUGGAGCAGGUUUUCAUCAAGGAUGUCUUUGUACCUUGCUCCUUUCAUCUUUCCCUCGAUCCUGACUAGUCUCUCAGUCCCUGUCGCUGAAAAACAUCCCCACAGCAUGAUGCUGCCACAACUAUGCUUCAACGUAGGGAUAGUGCCAGGUUUCCUCCAGACGGGACGCUUGGCAUUCAGGCCAAAUAAUUCAAUCUUGCUUUCAUCAGACCAGAGAAUCUUGUUUUUCCCAUGGUCUGAGAGUCCUUUAGGUGCCUUUUGGCAAACUCCAAUCGGGCUGUCAUGUGCCUUUUACUGAGGAGUGGUUUCCGUCAGGCCACUGUACCAUAAAGGCCUGAUUGGUAGAGUGCUGCAGAGAUGGUUCUCGAAAGUUCUCCCAUCUCCACAGAGGAACUCUGGACCUCUGUCAGAGUGACCAUUGGGUUCUUGGUCACCUCUCUGACCAAGGCCCUUCUCCUUAAAGUUACAUGUAAUUUGCACCAUGCAUGAUCAUUGCAGCCUAUCAUGGGGGCGGCAGCGUAGCCUAGUGGUUAGAGCGUUGGACUAGUAACCGGAAGGUUGCAAGUUCAAACCCCCGAGCUGACAAGGUACAAAUCUGUCGUUCUGCCCCUGAACAGGCAGUUAACCCACUGUUCCCAGGCCGUCAUUGAAAAUAAGAAUGUGUUCUUAACUGACUUGCCUGGUUAAAUAAAGGUCAAAUUAAAAUUUCAUGAGAACGGGCUCACUGAGCAUUGCUGUACAGCAGCCUACUUACCAAAGAUUGCACUGUGUCCAUUACAAUAUAUCAAUAUCCAUAUUACUGUAGCUUCAUUUUAUUCUUUUUAACUAUUUCUAUGGCGCAAUUUAUGGAAGAUGCCAAAACCUUGGAGAUAACAAUAGAUAGAGAAGUCAAAGAUAGGCCAGUGGUUUUCAUCUGUGGUAAAGUUUUCCCUAAAUCAAUGUGUAUGACAAAUCCAGCUCCAGAACCAGUCAUAGAGCCAGCUGGCUAAUCUUUUUAAUACAGAUAUUAGCUGUAUUAAACUCCAUGCGGAGAUUCUAUGUGGAAAUUCCCACACCCAAUUUGGUUCGCCUUCGUCAUUCUUCGGAGGUGGAAUCUAAACAUGCAUUUCCUCUCGAGGACAAGAAAUUACAUUGAAAUAGUGGUGAAAACUUCCUCUCCGCACUGUUUCCACAUGCCAAUGUGGGCAUGUUUCCUGGUAAAAGAUGGGCUUAUUUCAGGCAACGUGAGUGCUACCUUUACCAGAUAUGGUCUGCCCACUCUGCACAAAUGCCUUUGGGGCCAACGUUGAGACGAUGAGCAAAGGAGCAUUGGCCUAAUAUUGGCAGCCUACAUGGGGCCAAUAUUUUUGCCCCCAUUGGGCCCACAUCUUGCCAAUGUGGACAUGUUUGCUGGAUAUAUUUUUGCACUAAACUGACACACUGUUGUGAAUAAUUCCUAGUAAGUGAUAUUGAUAUAUAGUGGGACAAAAAAAUAUUUAGUCAGCCACCAAUUGUGCAAGUUCUCCCACUUAAAAAGAUGAGAGAGGCCUGUAAUUAUACUCACAUCAUAGGUACACUUCAACUAUGACAGACAAAAUUAGAAAAAAAAAUCCAGAAAAUCACAUUGUAGGAUUUUUUAUGAAUUUAUUUGCAAAUUAUGGUGGAAAAUAAGUAUUUGGUCAAUAAAAAAAGUUUAUCUCAAUACUUUGUUAUAUACCCUUUGUUGGCAAUGACAGAGGUCAAACGUUUUCUGUAAGUCUUCACACACUGUUGCUGGUAUUUUGGCCCAUUCCUCCAUGCAGAUCUCCUCUAGAGCAGUGAUGGGGCUGUUGCUGGGCAACACGGACUUUCAACUCCCUCCAAAUAUUUUUUAUGGGGUUGAGAUCUGGAGACUGGCUAGGCCACUCCAGGACCUUGAAAUGCUUCUUACGAAGCCACUCCUUCGUUGCCCGGGCGGUGUGUUUGGAAUCAUUGUCAUGCUGAAAGACCCAGCCACGUUUCAUCUUCAAUGCCCUUGCUGAUGGAAGGAGGUUUUCACUCAAAAUCUCACGAUACAUGGCCCCAUUCUUUCUUUCCUUUACACGGAUCAGUCGUCCUGGUCCCUUUGCAGAAGAACUGCCCCAAGGUAUGAUGUUUCUACCCCCAAUGCUUCACAGUAGGUAUGGUGUUCUUUGGAUGCAACUCAGCAUUCUUUGUCCUCCAAACACGACGGGUUGAGUUUUUACCAAAAAGUUUCAUCUGACAAUAUGACAUUCUCUCAAUCUUCUUGGAUCAUCCAAAUGCUCUUUAGCAAACUUCAGACGGGCCUGGACAUGUACUGGCUUAAGCAGGGGGACACGUCUGGCACUGCAGGAUUUGAGUCCCUGGCGGCGUAGUGUGUUACUGAUGGUAGGCUUUGUUACUUUGGUCCCAGCUCUCUGCAGGUCAUUCACUAGGUCCCCCCGUGUGGUUCUGGGAUUUUUGCUCACCGUUCUUGUGAUAAUUUUGACCCCAAGGGGUGAGAUCUUGCGUGGAGCCCCAGAUCGAGGGAGAUUAUCAGUGGUCUUGUAUGUCUUCCAUUUCCUAAUAAUUGCUCUUUUAUACUGAUAACAAGUUCAAACAGGUGCCAUUAAUACAGGUAAUGAGUGGAGGACAGAGGAGACUCUUAAAGAAGAAGUUACAUGUCUGUGAGAGCCAGAAAUCUUGCUUGUUUGUAUGUGACCAAAUACUUAUUUUCCACCAUAAUUUGCAAAUAAAUUCAUUAAAAAUCCUACAAUGUGAUUUUCUGGAUUUUUUCUCUUCUCAUUUUGUCUGUCAUAAUUGAAGUGUGCCUAUGAUGAAAAUUACAGGCCUCUCUCAUCUUUUUAAGUGGGAGAACCUGCACAAUUGGUGGCUGACUAAAUACUUUUUUGCCCCACUGUAAAUGUGUCAUGUAAUCAUGUUGCACAUACUGUAUACACUACAGUUCAAAAGUUUGUGGUCACUUAAAAAUGUCCUUGUUUUUUAAAGAAAAGCAAAAAAAUGGUUCAUUAAAAUAACACCAGAUUGAUGCAGUGUAUACAUUGUUAAUGUUGUAAAUGACUAUUGUAGCUGGAAACAGAUGAUUUUUAGUGGAAUAUCUACAUAGGCGUACUGAGGCCCAUUAUCAGCAAGCAUCUAUGUUCCAAUGGCACGUUGUGUUAGCUAAUCCAAGUUUAUAAUUUUAAAGGGCUAAUUGAUCAUUAGAAAAACCUUUUGCAAUUAUGUUAGCACAGCUGAAAACUGUCAUUCUGAUUAAAAAAGCAAUAAAACUGGCCUUCUUUAGACUAGUUGAGUAUCUGGGGCAUCAGCAUUUGUGGGUUCGAUUACAGGCUAAAAAUGGACAGAAACAAAUAACUGUCUUCUGAAACUCGUCAGUCUAUUCUUGUUCUGAGAAUUUAAGGCUAUUCCAUGCGAGAAAUUGCCAAGAAACUGAAGAUCUCGUACUACUCCUUUCACAGAACAGCGCAAACUGGCCCUAACCAGAAUAGAGAGAGGAUUGGGAGGCCCCGGUGCACAACUGAGCAAGAGAACAAGUACAUUAGAGAGUCUAGUUUGGGAAACAGACGCCUCACAAGUCCUCAACUGGCAGCUUCAUUAAAUAGUACCCGCAAAACACCAGUCUCAACGUCAACCGUGAAGAGGCGACUCCGGGAUGCUGGCCUUCUAGGUAGAGUUCCUCUGUCCAGUGUCUGUGUUCUUUUGCCCAUCUUAAUCUUUCCUUUUUAUUGACGAGUCUGAGAUAUGGCUUUUUCUUUGCAACUGCCUAGUAGGCAGGGAGUAGUACACAACGUUGUACGAGAUCUUCAGUUUCUUGGCAAUUUCUCGCAUGGAAUAGCCUUAAUUUCUCAGAACAAGAAUAGACUGACGAGUUUCAGAAGAAAGUUCUUUGUUUCUGGCCAUUUUGAGCCAUUUUGAGCCACAACUUGCCAUUGGAAUACAGGAGUGAUGGUUGCUGAUAAUGUGCCUCUGUAUGCCUAUGUAGAUAUUCCAUUAAAAAUCUGCCAUUUCCAGCUACAUUCCAGUCAUUUACAACAUUAACAACGUCUACACUGUAUUUCUGAUCAAUUUGAUGCUAUUUUAAACCACAAAAAAAUGUGCUUUUCUUUCAAAAACAAGGACAUUUAUAACUGAACCCAAAAUUUUGAACAGUAGUGUAUGUACAGUGUGUGUGUGCAUAUAUAUGAAAAGAGCACACGUCUUGAAAAUUGUUUUCAUUCUCUCAUGUAAUUGCACUAAAAUACCUGGUGGUUAUGGGUGCGCUUGCUUCCAUGCUCGCCCAGAUGUCAGGCGGGUCUUGGUCCUUCCCACCCUUGGAAAAUCCCUUUGGGCUGGGGUCAAGUGCACCCACUGACCAGAGCACCCACUAAUGGGAGCGGCCAUUUGUAUUGUAUUUGCAUUGCACUGUUGAUGUUGUUGUCAAAAUUAUUUUUUAAAGAUAUACAAAAAUACAAAUAGCAUUGAAAGCACGAGUACUUAUUUUCUAUCCAUUAUGCACCUGACCUCUCCUUACUAAACCUGAUUUUACCCAAGUGGUAAACCCUUAUCAAUAGUGUCUUAAAUUAUCCCCAUAACCAAGCACUGAAUCAAGUAAUUGAGUACAGUAUUUUUAACAUAUAAAUAUAGUAUAUGAAUAUAUGAUAUAUAUGUUAGUAUGUUAUAUGAUUGACAAAUGCCUAUUUGGAUUUAUGUGUGAUUGUAUGAUGAGGGACAACAGUUGUGGAGGUUUCCUGAUGUCUGUUGUUGUCACCCCUGGUAAUGUAUAGAUUAUAGCCUAUAUACUAUUUAUGAUUGAGCACAUAGCUAACCCUAUGACUGUGAUAUAUGGGUCAGACAUAAACAAUAAAAAAAUGUAGGUUUUGUGUUGCCAUUGUCUUGACAAUGAAAUAAUAAGUAUGUAAUUUACAGUUAACACAUGUAAAUCAAAUUUACUUAUGUGCCAAUGGAGAAUUCGCUGAAUAAAAUACUGUAUUUUGUGUCACAA